GUUGACAGUGACUUUGAGGCCGGCCGCGCUGGCACCAACAUGGCUCUGCUGACGGAGUGGAAGAAAUUUGCCAUCAGAUGGAUGGAACGCAACAGGGGCCUAAUUGUGGUCCUCUUUUGUCUUCCGGCCAGUUUCUUGUUCGACGCGGCGCUCACGCUGCAAAAACGAGUUGUUCGCGCCCUCCGCUCCAACGACCACCACGACAAGAAAGUCCAGCGAAUUCAGAAGCAGGUCGCUGAUUGGAACAAGUUGCCAAAGGAGAACCGAAAAUUGAUGUGCACGGCCAGGCCGAAUUGGCUCAGUUUGUCAACAACGUUCUUUCGAAAAGACCAAUGCCACAAAGUACCCGUUCCACUUUACGACAUUUUGAGCGUCAACGAGAGGGAAAUGACAGUGAAAGUGGAGCCGAUGGUGACUGUAGCUGAAAUCACAGAAUAUCUCAUUCCAAAAGGGUACACCCUUGCUGUGACAUUAGAGAUCGGUGACGCCACAUUGGGUGGUUUGGCGAUGGGUGUUGGAAUGACCACUCAUUCUCAUAAGGCAGGCCUUUAUCAAGAAGGAGUGACCGCGUACGAAGUUGUCCUCGGCGACGGUUCUUUGGUCAGGGCCACGGCCAAGGACAACGAGGACCUCUUCAGAGCUCUGCCCUGGUCUCACGGAUCUCUCGGUUUUCUCGUCGCUCUCGAAGUCAAAUUGGUCAAAGUCAAGCCAUACGUGCGUCUGAAUUAUUUGCCCGUGCGUGGGAUGAAGGACUAUUGCGACAUGAUAAGAAUGGUCUCAGGUGCUUUGGACAAGGACCAGGUGGCGCCGGAUUACGUUGAGGCGACCGUCUUCAGCAAAGACGAGGCUGUGAUCAUGACUGGAGAGUACACGGACUGCACCACUUACGACGACCAAAGAAAGGUGAAUCACAUAACCCGGUGGUACAAGCCGUGGUUCUACAAGCACGUCGAGUCCUUCCUCAAGACGGGCAAGGGCCACGAGAUAAUUCCUCUGAGGGAGUAUUUGCUGCGCCACAACAGGGCCAUUUUUUGGGUCGUCGAGGCCAUGAUUCCGUUUGGCAACAACCCAAUUUUCAGAUUCCUCUUCGGCUGGCUGCUGCCGCCGAAACCCGCCUUCCUCAAGUUCACCACCACCCCUGGCAUUCGCGCCAUGACCUUUACCAAACAGGUAUUCCAAGACAUUGUCCUGCCCAUGACGGAAUUGGAGAGGCAGAUCGAAAUGAACGAAAAGUUGUUCGACGCCUACCCCAUCCUGAUCUACCCGUGCCGCAUUUACGAUCACGGGCCCCACAACGGGCAACUGAGACCCCCGAGGCCGGACCAGAUGGUGCCCGGGGCCAAAUGGGGCAUGUUCAACGACCUUGGCGUGUACGGCGUGCCAGGACCUGUGAAGAGGAAGGAACCGUUUGACGCCGUCAAGGCGAUGAGGGCGAUGGAAAAGUUUACGAGAGAUGUGGGCGGGUAUUCGUUUUUGUACGCCGACACUUUCAUGGACUGGAAAGAGUUCAACCAAAUGUUUGAUUUGACUCUUUACGAAAAGGUUCGCAAAAAGUAUUUCGCCGAUGGAGCAUUUCCUCAUCUUUAUGACAAGAUUAAACCGGAAAUUGACGUUUUCAAAGUGGGCAAGGAAUAUAUAAAUCCGCUGUAAAUUGACUCUGUCCGAGGCAAAUAAAUUUUUCGCCUGCGUGCAAAAAAGAACCCG